GAACAUUAGUUCAUUAGUGCUCGAUUACUUUAUUGUCAGUAAACGAACUUUGAACUUGUAGGCUACAGGCUAGGCUAGUAAUAUCCACAACACCGCGACGCAGAAAAUUAUGAGCAAAAUGUCAAAGCAAAAUGGAUUUCAUGUCGUCACCCCACUUCUCGAGAGCACGGGCAUGUCGAAGCGGGUGGGAACUACCGUGUUUUUGAAGAUGGAGAGCUCACAACCCACCGGUUCCUUCAAAAUCCGUGGAAUUGGACACAUGUGUCAAAAUGUUGCAAGUUCAAACCAGUCGAGAGGUGUCAUUUGUUCUUCUGGUGGUAAUGCAGGUAUGGCCACAGCAUAUGCAGCAAGAAAACUCAACCUGCCAGCCACCAUUGUUUUGCCCUUGUCGACACCCCAACUGGUAGCUCAAAAACUUAAGGACCAGGGAGCUACAGUCAAAGUUGUGGGCAAGGUGUGGGAUGAUUCAAAUGCUGAGGCCCUACGAUUGGCGGAAAUUGAAGGUCUUACUGUAAUACACCCGUUCAACCAUCCUCUGGUCUGGAAAGGUCAUUCCAGCAUUGUGCAUGAACUCAAGGCCUCACUGCCAUCCAAACCUGGAGCUAUAGUGCUUUCCGUAGGGGGUGGUGGUCUGUUCUGUGGGGUGAUGGAAGGGCUGGAUGAGGUAGGCUGGGGCAAUGUGCCUGUCCUAUGCAUGGAGACCGUGGGUGCCGAUUGUCUAAAUUUUGCUCUGAAAGCCAAAGAUCUGGUUAUGCUGCCUGACAUUACAAGUGAAGCAACGUGUUUGGGAGCAAAAAUGGCAUGUCAGCAGGCGUUUGAGUACAGCAGACGUCCCAAUGUCAUUUCAGAGGUGGUGACAGAUCUACAGGCCCUGGAGGCAGUGGAACUGUUCCUGGAUGAGGAGCGUGUGUUGGUGGAGUUAGCCUGCGGAGCAUCAUUAGCUGCUGUAUACAGCGGAAUCAUUCCGAGGCUACAGGAGGAGGGACGCCUUCCUAAACUGCUCGACCCGCUGGUUAUGAUUGUGUGUGGGGGUGGCAGUGUGAACCUGCCUCAGCUCCGGCAUCUACAGGCAGCCAUACGGAAAUGACCACCACAUCUUUACGUUCUCACAUCAGUGCAUCUGCUUUGAGUAGGACUGACAUGUUGUGUUGCAUAAAUCAAAAGAUAAGGAUAAUCUGCUGUAUUUCAAAGCAAUACUGUUUGGAUUUUCUGUAACCUUGCUUUAGUGAAAUGCUAUUUGUGUGAUGAAAUCCUUUAGAGUAGAAUGUUGUCAUUUACCACCUGCAACCAGCAGGCGGUGCUAAUAUUAUCGUUUCAGGCAAAAACUUUUUUAUCAUGUUUUGAUCAAUUUUGAGAUAUUAGGCUAAUUGAUAUGAUGUUGUGUCAGACUAGUGGAAAGAAAACAUCAAAAAUAUACAUUUUACUGUUUAUUUUAUUGCACUUUAUUUGCAUGCACUUUCCAAAAUUUAGAUUUUUUUUUUCUUGCUGAGUGAUAAAAAAUAUCAAAAAUCUCCCAUGUAAAAUCUUGGAAUCUAAAAUGUGAGCAAAAUAACACAAGAAUUUCGAACCUGGAGUGUUCAGAUUUCUGUUAUGAAAAUGCUUGCAAAUGAGUGCAAAUUUAAUAAUAUGUCUCAUUUGCAUAUUUAAACAAUACUUUAGAAAAGUUGUAAUAUAUUUUUUUGCAAUUAACCAAUCAACUGGGGAUAAAUGUGUUUUUAAAAUCAUAUUCACCUGUAAUGUGUUGCCUUAAAGUGUUUUUUGUUUGUUUGUUUUGGACAGUGUAAAAGCAAAUCUAAUAUGAUAUGGAUAAUAAUAGGUUUGAUAAUAAUACAUUUAAUAGGUAACAGUUUUUCUUUGAAAUAGCCACUGUCUGUUUUCAGCUUAGUUAUUUCAAAGAUGAAAAUUCUCCAGCCAUUUUAUUACAUUUUUACAUUUAUUCAUAUAGCAGAUGCUUUUAUCCAAAACUAACAAUAGGACAACACUAUGUAAGUGCUAUGACCCUCCCAGUUUAAUCUGACGAUGUAUGUGUACUUCAAAAAAUAAAAUAAAAUAAUUAAAAAGA